CCACCACGGACCAGUCAUUUUUUUGGUUGCUCUGAAAUUGCAAAAGCUAGCUAAUACAAACUAGAAGAAGAAGAAGAAGCGGAGUUUGAGAUGGGAAGCACGAGCUGUGCUUCCAUUUCCAAUUUACACUUCAUUUCAAAUCACAGCCACGAGCGGCUCGGCCCAAUCAGAAACCAGCUAGCUCCGGUUCAAUCUCGAGCGCACUACUCGAGGAGGCGGAGACUGGAGCUUAAUGGUUUACGGAGCCGGAGGAGGUUGAGGAACGACGUCGUUUGCUCUGCGGUUGAUGACGAUUUGAGAGAGAACGAGUCUGCUGCUGGGCCUGGGCUUGGCUCCGCCGUCGAAGAUAGGCCUGAUGUGGUUGAUGAGUCGAAAGAAGAGGAAGGAAGUUCGAUUUACAAUUUUCUAUAUCCGAGUCAAGAGCUCCUCCCGGAUGAUAAAGAGAUGAGUAUAUUUGAUCAUCUUGAAGAGCUGCGUCAGAGAGUAUUUAUAUCAGUUGCAGCAGUGGGAGUUGCUAUGUUGGGAUGCUUUGCAGUUUCGAAAGAUCUUAUAGUGUUUCUUGAAGCUCCUGUUAAAACACAAGGCGUAAAGUUUCUGCAGCUAGCUCCUGGCGAGUUUUUCUUCACUACUUUGAAGGUAUCAGGAUAUUGUGGCCUUCUCUUAGGGAGUCCAAUCAUUCUUUAUGAAAUCAUAGCCUUUGUGCUUCCAGGGUUAACGAGAGACGAGAGAAAAUUUCUGGGGCCAAUAGUUUUAGGCUCAUCAGUACUUUUCUAUGCUGGUAUCAGCUUCUCCUAUUUCGUUUUGGUGCCAGCGGCCUUGAACUUUUUUGUUACUUAUGCUGAAGGUGUUGUGGAAUCAUUGUGGUCCAUAGAUCAGUACUUUGAAUUUGUACUUGUGCUACUGUUCAGCACAGGCUUGUCCUUCCAGGUCCCAGUCAUACAAGUUCUCCUUGGACAAGUUGGUCUAGUAUCAGGAGAUCAAAUGCUGUCAAUUUGGAGGUAUGUUGUGGUUGGUGCUGUUGUGGCAGCUGCCGUGCUUACACCAUCAACCGAUCCACUCACGCAGGUUCUUCUAGCAGCACCCCUUCUUGGUCUUUACUUGGGUGGUGCCUGGGUGGUGAAGCUCACUGGCCGAUGAAACAUAACCCAUACUGCUUAAAUGCACAAAAAUUGUUUGUAGUGUCUGUAUACUCAGUUUGUGAGGAUUCUGUACUUUACCACAAGAUGUAACAUAAAUAUGAUGUCUAUUAAAGGGUGAAUGACCCGUAUCAGUUACAUGAUUUUGCUAA